UCCGGUUCACUUCCCAACACAGGUGCGCACUUGGCGCCGUCACUGCAUAGUAACAACGGUCUGCUGGGAAAAGAUUCACUCGACUGUUCCUUUUUAAAAUCUUUUGUUCUACCCUUUCCUUAGGGCCUUUUGACUUACUUAAAAUAAAGUGAAUUGUAAGCGACAAGCCGAGGAAGACGAGGUGGGGGUCAAGGUGGAAAAUGGGCAAGAAAACGCAGACAAAUCCGGAAUCGGAGUUCGGUGAGCCUGUCCAGUAUGACCCCUCCUUUAAUGGACCCAUAAGGAAGAGAGGGUGCACUGACAUAAUCUGCUGCGUUUUGUUUAUGUUGGUCAUCCUUGGCUACAUCGCAGUUGGGAUUUUAGCAUGGCUCUAUGGAGAUCCCCGGCAAGUUCUCUUUCCAAAAAACUCAACCGGAUGGUUCUGUGGCACCGGACCAAACAUAAACCGACCCGCACUAUUUUACUUUGACAUUCUCAAAUGUGCAACGGGAGUGAAUGUGAUGGCAGCAGCUCUCAACGGGUUGCAAUGUCCAACCACACAGAUAUGUGUGGAAAAGUGCCCGACUGAAUUCACCUUCGUGGGGCCGUUAGACUUCGCUCCAACUGCAAAGCCUGCAAACGUUUUCACACAAAGCCUCUGUGCACCGUCUUUAAACCUGUCAGACACUCGCAUGACUGUUAAAGAAAUUGUGGAAAAGGAUCUGUGUCCUUUCUAUACUAUUCCCACAACCUCCGUUAUUGGAAGGUGUUUGCCUGAUGUCCAAUUGCUUGGGAGCAUGCCACCGGAUUUUUCCAACAUUCCAGGCUUGCCAACAUCUGUCAACGAAACGACCAGCCUUAUCAAGAACGGCACGGGGGACAUAUUGAACAGCUUCAGCGCCAGGGACAUAGGGGUCAGGAUCUUUGAGGAUUUUGCGUCAUCAUGGCCCUGGAUCCUCGCUGGUCUGGCAAUAGCCAUGGUGCUCAGUCUGUUGUUCCUGCUCCUGCUGAGAUUUACUGCUGGCGUGAUGGUGUGGCUCCUGAUUGCAGCUGUCCUCUGCACCGGGGCGUAUGGGAUUUGGCACUGCUACUGGGAGUAUGCGAACUACAAGAAUCUCUCUGCUUCAAUUACCGACAUUGGUUUCACCACCAACUUCAGCUUUUACCUAAAAGUGCAAGAAACUUGGUUAGCUUUCUUGAUCAUCCUCUCUGUGGUGGAAGCCAUCCUGAUCUUACUCCUCAUCUUCCUCCGAAACAGAAUCGUCAUCGCCAUUGCACUCAUCCAAGAGUCCAGCAAGGCCAUCGGUCAAAUGAUGAGCACCUUGUUCUAUCCUCUGUUGACAUUUGUUCUCCUCUUGGUUUGUGUGGCCUACUGGGGUAGCACUGCAUUGUAUUUAGCCACUUCGGGAGGAGCAUCCUACAAAGUGGUGGCUCUCAACUCCAGUAUAAGUGAGUGUCAGCGCAUCAACGGCACCGUGGACUGCGACCCUCAGUCCUUCAACGCAUCCGAUUACCCAACCUGCCCUUCCGCUGCGUGCAUCUUUGUCAAUUACAACACGGAGGGGCUCUUCCAGAGGAACCUUUUCAACCUUCAGAUCUACAAUGUGGUGGCCUUUCUCUGGUGCAUCAACUUUGUCAUCGCUCUGGGCCAGUGCACCCUGGCUGGUGCCUUUGCCGCCUACUACUGGGCUUACAAAAAACCCGACGACAUCCCCAUGUUCCCCGUGUUCAGUGCCUUUGUGCGCACACUAAGGUACCAUGUUGGCUCUUUGGCAUUUGGUGCUUUGAUCCUGACCUUGGUGCAGGUUAUAAGAAGCCUCCUCGAAUACAUUGACCACAAAACCAGAGCGGCUCAAAACCCUGUUGCACGUUUUAUUCUGUGCUGCAUGAAGUGCUGUUUCUGGUGCCUGGAGAAGUGCAUCAAGUUUCUCAAUAGAAAUGCAUACAUCAUGAUUGCUGUUUAUGGAAAAAACUUCUGUACCUCAGCCAAGAAUGCUUUCUUUCUGAUUAUGAGAAACAUAAUAAGAGCCGUAAUACUAGAUAAAGUGACCGACCUGUUGCUGUUCUUUGGGAAAUUACUCGUAGUGGGUGGAGUAGGCGUAUUGGCCUUCUUCUUCUUCUCUGGCCGAAUUCCUCUUCCACACAGCACAGCGCAGUCAGAAACCCUCAACUACUACUGGACGCCAAUCAUUACGGUAGUGUUUGGUAGCUACCUCAUCGCUCACGGAUUCUUCAGUGUGUACAGCAUGUGUGUCGACACACUCUUCCUCUGCUUCUUGGAAGACUUGGAACGCAAUGAUGGCUCUCUGGAGAAGCCAUACUUCAUGUCCAAAAAUCUCAUGAAGAUUUUGAACAAAUCCAACAAGAUCCCCAAAAAAAAGAAGUGAUUAUGUUAGUCACAGGGAGGAGAAUGGCAAAAACACUGAAAAGUAGCCCGGGGGUCUGGAGGGGCCGAUGAUUGUGUUUACCCCCAAAAAUGCUGAUUUUGCACGUUUGAAUUAUUUUUCAAAGUUGAAAUGUUAAUGUUUUUGGUACAUAUCAAAAGAUUGAGCCCGUUGAUGCGGGUUUUCUUAAUUGACUGCAUCUAUUGUUCAUGCAAGUCGGCUUAGAAAAACGGUUGUGUUAGCCUUAGGAAUAUUUUACCUGUUGCCAAUAUUAUACAAAGGACCAACAUCAUUUCUUUUGAUAGAAUAUUUUUUGAUAGUUUUAUAAAUACGCUUGACUGCGUAAAUAUUGUUCAUUUGUAUUAAAAAAUAGUUUUGUGUCAAAAAAAAAAAAAUCUAAGUUGUGCCAGCCUACUGUUUUACUAAUUUUUCAACACAUUGCAUCAGGGUCGAUUUUGGAUCUUAUGAGCAAGCAAAAUUGGUUGUGUUCAGAGUUCGACUAUGUAUUAAGACACAAAACAUUGUGGCUGCCUUGAUAGAAAUUUGAAUGUCUUGCUUAGUCUCACAUUAGCCAAGCUCCUAUUUUUUAUUGGUACACACUGGCAGAAAAUGUGGCAAAAUUUAGAAAAAGCAUUCUGGUUAUCAGUGCAUUUGCUACAAGUGAAUUUAUAAGGACAAGAAAAAAACAUUUACAAAUCUUUAUACAAAUGGAUCACUCGCUCUGACAUACAGGAUGUGGUUUAUGAUGCACAGUUCACUGAACUGCUGCGUGUCUGCCCGAAAUCAUUUUCCCAAUAUGGUUCAUUGAGAUUUCGCUUUUUCUACUCAUUUGCUCUUAUUUUGGGAAGCUUUGGUAGAAGGAAACCAUUUUGGAACAAAUGAGGACAGGUUUAAAUGGCAUCACAGUGCACUGGCAGUCGUUUUUAAGACAAAUAUAUCGACACACACCCAAUGACUGCUACUCUUUGGCCUUUUAAAGGCAAGAAAAAGGUUGUUAUGGUAACCAAUGGAGCCAGUGCUCUUCCAUCACUGUCCUGGGCCUCGAGAAGCGGGUAGAGGGGUGAAUUACACUCACUUCUGGUCACCCUGACCACAUAAUACUUCUUCUUCUGACCCCCUAAAGACAGACUGAUUAUUUGUACAGUGUAAUUCAACAGCUGCUUUUCACUGUUUCUAUUAACAAAAGGCAGAUUGGAAGCUUCUUGUGAACAACUGCUCUUCCCAGGAAGAAAAAAAAGAC